AUGGCAGCCAAUGGUUUCAAAGCCGAGUUCGCAAAAUUUCCCGCCGGACUCCAUGCCAAAGCUGAAGUGGCAAACCUUCCGUACAACAAGGCUAAAAGUCGCUACAAGAAUCUUGUCGCAUAUGACCACUCUCGUGUUGUCUUGAGACUCCAUGGACCCAAUGACAAAUCGGAUUACAUAAACGCCUGUUACAUUGACGGUUACAACCAGCCUAAGAAAUUCAUCGCCUCUCAAGGGCCUACCGAUCUCAUCUUAAACGACUUCAUGCGCAUGCUCUGGGAACAGAACGUGGGUAAAAUUGUCAUGGUGACAAAUCUGACCGAAGCAACUAAGAUGAAGUGCAAACAGUACUGGCCGAGCGAAGGCUGUUCGCGGUUUGGUGUCAUUGAGGUUACCCUGCUUGACGAGGAGAUAUAUGCGAAUUACGCAAUUAGAACACUGGAGCUAAGUCACACAAAGGUGAAAAACAAGACGAAGAUUCUGAAACAGUUUCACUUCUCGGCUUGGCCAGAUCACGGGGCACCUUCCGAUGCCACAAUUCUGCUUGACUUUCGAGAUAAGGUUCUGGAGUACAACUCGACUUUACCUGGACCAACUCUCGUCCAUUGCAGUGCUGGGAUUGGACGCACGGGAACGUUCAUAGCUCUGGAUUACCUGAUCAAUCAGGCUAAAGAAGAGAAUGUGGUAAAUGUGCCGGCCUGUGUGAUGAUUCUGAGACAGCAGCGGGUCAACAUGGUGCAGACACAGGAACAGUACGAGUUUCUACACGCAUCCCUGGGAGAAGCCUUGGAAUUCAGCGACAGUUCAAUUCCAUCUGUGAACUUUACCACCGUGUACUCUGACCUUUGCACUGUCGACCCCGAGACCGGACAGUCCAAGAUGGUAGCACAGUUUGAGGUCCUCCGGGAACUCUCACAACCCGCGAACAAGAUGCAAGUGGAAUCCGCCAGACAUCCGGACAACAUUUCCAAGAACAGAUACUCCAAAUUUUUAGCCCUUGAUAGCUGCAGGCCAUACCUGUCCACGCCAGUGUCCGACUGUAACGACUACAUCAAUGCUGUGUAUCUUCCGGGAUACAAACAGAAGAGGGGUUUUAUCCUAACUCAGACUCCUCUACCCAACACGGUCGUGGAUUUCUGGCGUCUGGUCUAUGAUCACAAAGUCAGUACCAUCAUCAUGUUGGACCGCGUGAAAACGGGAGAUAAGAAUGUUGGGGUGUAUUGGACAGAUAAGAAGGAAACGUUUAACCCGUUCGAGGUGGAGGUGACAGAUGUUGACCAGAGAGUGGAAUUCUCCACUUGGACUUACGAACUGAGCCACAAAGACAAGAAAGCACCUCAGCCCAUCAAACAAUUCCGCUGCCCAUUUUUCACGAGUGAACUAACACUGGAGACUGUACCAACGCUUUUGACUGUACUGCAGAGUGUUGACAUGUGGCGAGAUAAGGCUGGCGACGGACCUGUACUGGUUCAUUGCAGGGAUGGCGUGACAAAGAGUGGGUUGUUCUGCGUGGUUUGGACUGUGCUAGAAAGACUGAAGGUUGACCAGAACGUCAAUAUCCUACAGACUAUAAAGCAGAUGAGGAACAACAGACCGGAGAUUAUAACAGAUGUGGGUCAGCUUAACUUCAUCCACCAGGUCGUCAUGGGAUAUCUGGACAACUUCCAAACCUACGCUAAUUUCAGACCAAUGACAACAGUUUCGGAGGCAAUAUCAUGA